CUGCCGCAGAUGAGCCGGGGUUAACAACCCAAACUAUUCACUUCGCUAUCACAUAGAAUUCAUACUAUCAGACAGCGACAAUGAACGGCUUCCAGAAUCCCCAAGGGCAGCAGCCACCCCAGCAAUCACCCCAGCAGUCUCUCCAACAGCCUCCCCAGCAGCAACAGCCCCAGCAACAGGCACAACCUCGUAUGCUCUUCAAGCCAGAGCACAUGCGCGCGCUUCCCGAUAAAUUCAGUAUAGAAGAGAAGAAGAAGUGGGAAAAUGGCCUUGCCAUGCUAUACAGGCAGAUAGAGGCGAACCCGCCCGACACCCAGGCGCAUCGCGAUGCGGCAAAGAAGAUCCGCGACUUCUCCGUCACUCUACACAAUAAGAUGCAGGCGACUGCGAAUCGACCACAGGUCAACCCAAAUCAGCAGCGACCACCUAGUCAGGCUCCUUCACAGCAAUCUCAAGCUGAUGGUUCUGCACCUCCAUCCCAGCCUCAGCCCACCGCCCAAACUGCCCCAGCGAGACCACCUGUAUCCGAAAACAUGCGGAACCAUGUGAAUUCAUUCCCAUACGUUGCGCCAUCAACCUUAGGUCCUGCAGAGGCGGCACAGUGGAUUCAAGAGAUAAAGGGAAAAUACCUGAAGGCGCUUCUUACGAUGGAGAACACGGCGAGUGGAGUCAAACGACUUGAGGCGCAGGUGGCUGUGAGGACACAGGGCGGGAAACCCUUAACGCCAGAAGAGCAGAAAGAGUUACAAAUCAAGAAGGAGGCGUUCCAGAAGAACCACGGCGAUGCAAAGCGCUUCGUUGAUCAGUUCCGGAGACAACAAUCGGAUGCAGCAGCACAAGCAGCAGGUGGCUCGCAGGCCCAGCAGCAACCCUCCCACCCACCGCAGGGCAUCGCAAUCCCUCCCCGCCCAACAAUGAACACCCAACAGCCCGCACAGAGCCAGGCGAUGGCGCAAACCGAAGCAGUGCAGGCCGCAAUGCAAGCAGGGCGAAACCAGCAAGUCAACGGCGGCCGUCCCAGUGCCCCUCCCCCAAACCAGCAGAACGAGUUACAACAGCAACAGCAACAACAAAACCAGAGUCAACCAAUAGGUGCAGCAAACGCGGCCAGCAUGCCCGCAGCGCAAAAUGUGCAAGGUGGUGGUGCGGCCAUAAAAACGGAAAGUGCGACUGCUCCUCCUGGCGGCCUUCCCCAUGUGAACACCGCGCUCGCAACAGCCCCGCACAUCCAGCAGAUGCAGAACCGUCAACAACCCGCGCAGAACUCACCACAAUCCGCCGUCCCCCCCCAAGCAACGUCUGUUGGGCCCCCCAAGCCACUCACGCACUCUGAUGCAGUAGCGCACGCUGCUCGCACGUAUUCCAGUAGCCAGGCUAGCACGGGACAGGCGAGCGUGAUGGCGAGCCACUCGCACCCCCCCUCGCUUCCUCGCGACGCGCCGAAUAUAAAGACGAACCUGAUGCCGAUUCCGAAAAUUCUUCCGCCGAGAGCGACGGAGUCGCCGCAUCCGAUGCAGAUGCCUCCUACGCGACCGACGUAUUCGGGGGGACCGUCGGGGAGUGGGAGUGGGCUUAUGCAGCAGCCUGUUAUGCAGAAGGCGCCGGGGUUUAAUGUGGAGGGGGAUGCCGAGAGGGUGCUUAAUAAACGGAAGCUGGAUGAGCUUAUAAGGCAAGUUACGGGCGGGGGGGAGGGGUUGGAUAAUUCGGAGGGGCUUACGCCGGAGGUUGAAGAUUGCGUCCUCUCCGUCGCCGACGAGUUCGUCGACCAAGUCAUCACAGCGGCCUGCAAGUGCGCCAAAGCGCGCGGCUCCAAGACCCUCGAGAUCCGCGACAUCCAGCUCAUCCUCGAGCGCAACUACAACAUCCGCAUCCCCGGCUACGCGUCCGAUGAGAUCCGCACCGUGCGCAAGUUCCUUCCCGCGCAGGGCUGGAUCGCGAAAAUGAGCGCGGUGCAGGCUAGUAAGGUUACGGGGGGGAAGGCGGAUUUGUGAUGAGGGGUUUGUGAAGAUGUAGGGCGUGGAGGGGGAAGGAGGGCGUUUGCUUUGUUUUCUUAAAGGGAUGUGGGAAAGGGCGUUGAGGGUUUGGGGGGAGUGUAAUUUUAGGGUUGCUUUUCGGCGGCGGAGGUUGAGGACCAUGGUGAUGCGUGGGAUUUUGUGGUUGGGAUGAGGUUUAGUUUCCAACAAUGCAGUGGCUUUCAACCAGGUCGUUUUUCGGCGCAUCUUUGUGACGUCUUAUUGACUGCCUUCAGAUUUGUGAAGGUUGUACCUCACUUGUUCAACCACACGCUAUCAUUCAUCUGAACUUCGAGCAUCUAGAUACGGGCCAGAAAUAUUCUAAGGUAUGGUAAAACACUAGGGGAUAGUUUCUAAUUCACACCAACUCAUAAAACUCAC